AUCAUGUUGAACUCUCUGCACAAGUACGAGCCAAGGAUUCACAUCGUGCGAGUGGGUGGCCCACAGCGGAUGAUCACCAGCCAUUCCUUCCCAGAGACCCAGUUUAUAGCCGUGACGGCCUACCAGAACGAGGAGAUCACAGCUUUAAAAAUUAAAUACAAUCCAUUUGCAAAGGCAUUUCUUGAUGCAAAAGAAAGGAGUGAUCACAAAGAGAUGCUGGAGGAAGUGGGAGACAACCAGCAGUCUGGGUAUUCGCAGUUAGGUAGCUGGCUUAUUCCUGGGACGGGGGCUCUGUGCCCACCCGCCAGUCCUCACCCUCAGUUUGGAGCUCCCCUCUCGCUCUCCCCUGCCCACAGCUGUGAAAGGUACUCAUCGCUGAGGAACCACCGUCCUGCCCCUUACCCCAACCCCUACACCCAUAGAAACAACUCGCCAACAGCCUAUGCCGAUAACUCCUCUGCCUGCCUUCCCAUGCUGCAGUCCCACGACAACUGGUCGUCGCUCGGGGUUCCCACGCACACGGCGAUGCUGCCCAUGAGCCACAGCACCGGCACAGCUACCAGCUCCAGUCAGUAUCCUAACUUAUGGUCUGUGAGUAACAGCACCAUCACACCGGUAUCUCAGUCAAGCGGGAUGUCCAACGGCCUGAGCUCCCAGUUUUUACGCAGCUCUCCAGCCCACUACACCGCCCUUCCACACCCGGUCCCCGCCGCCUCCUCUGCCUCCCCCCUGUACGACAGCGGGGCACCCCCGGACCUGCCCGACACCCAGUACGAUGCCUCCGCCCACGCCAGGCUAGCAUCCACGUGGACGCCUGUCACCCCCCCUUCCAUGUAA